UUUUCUCUUUAAUCUGUGAUAUUCUAGAUCUCUAGGCGUCUCGUUACUCAAACAUUAUAAGAAAAACAAAAUGCAAAAAAAUCGUUACGGAAUUUCACUCCGGUAGCAGAGAUGGCUGGCCAGAGCGAUGUAAUAUAUUAUUAAUAAAUUCAAUUCAUAUUUUUCUAGGAGUCACGAAAAGUGGAUCAGUGCAAGAAUGUCGCGAAGGCUUGGAAGAAUUGUAUGAAUUUGUUGGAACAUAUAGUGCUGAUAUUACUAAUGCUAUUAAUUCAAUCAUUGACAAAUUUACAGAAGCGAGUUUGAUGGAUCAAUUCAGUGAUCUAUACAACGCUUGUCUGGAGAAUGAUAUUGAUUUGGUGCAAUCAUUAGUUGCAACAUCGUCUUUCGAAAUGAUAAAUUACCAUGAAAUUAAUGGUAGUACAGCUCUACAUAUUGCUAUAGAAUGUGGUCACACAGAAAUUGUUCGUUUUCUUUUACAUGAUUAUGGCGUAUUUAGACAUUUAUUGGAUAGUCAAGGUCGUACUGCUUUUGAAUUGGCUCAAACCGAUGAAAUUCGACAACUAUUUCAUCGAUCAAGAACAGAUGGGAAUCGGUUUUGUAAUGAGAUGGUGUUACAAUUUACUGUCAAGGAAUCUGACGAGAAAAAAAAUGUUCCUUGUGGACGAGUCGAAGGCCAUGAAAAUUAUCGAUCUGUUGCAAAUGAAAAGACUCAUAGACUCUAUCGACAGCCUGAUAGUUUAUUCAUGCGUAUUUCUGAUAAAAUAAUGCCUUACAAACCAGUUUACUAUUCACUUCGUUUUCUUCAUCCACGUUCAUUUAAAGGUCUUUGUUAUCGUGGUUUAAGCAUGACAAUGGAAGAAUUAAAAGAUUAUCAAUGGGCUACUGAAAAGACUAGCCGCUAUUUGGUAACAAAUACAUUUUGUUCAGCAACGCGAGAUAUUAAUGUAGCGCAAAAUUUUGCCAAAGUACGAGCAUUUGAUCAACGUAAUCCAGUAUUGAUAGUAUUCGACUUUUUCAGUAACUGUUGGACAGCAAUUCAGUUGGAAAAAUUAUCUGAUCAAUUACCUUCAAUAUCAGAAAUCGAAGACGAACGAGAAGUGUUAAUUUUACCUGGAAGUACUUUUCGUGUGACAAAAGUUGAAUCAGAAUUACCAAUAGCAAAAAUAUAUUUGACAUUUUAUCCGCUCGAUCAAGAACUUGACGAUUAUUCUACUGUUCUCGCACAAAUCAUUUCCGAACAGUGA